UUGAACUGGACGCAGAAGUAAAGUUUGUUUGGCAAUUUCCGUGUAAUAGGCGCCAUACAACAGAAGGUCCCGCGCUCUCCAUGCAGACACAUGUGCAAGUUGUUCCUCAGCGUUGUAAAGUGUGACGGUUCAUCUCAUGAGUUCAUCACACUUUAAAACCCUGUGAAAUAGGUCUGUGUGUCAGCGCAGCUCCGUCCGUGUAUUUCCGGGUGGUGCGAGGCUGCUCCGGUACAUCCCAGCUAGCAUCAGUUGGUUCAGCCUGCCUCCUCCGUUCAGCCUCAACAACCGCCACCGGAGACCGGGACACAAACAAAACCAUCCAGUCAUUAACCGAGACAGAUCUAUAAUUGAUGUGUUGUAGCUGAAAGUCAAAGCGGGGGGCAGCAGGGCGGGCAGCGGACAGGAAUUAUGGCGGCGUCGCUUCUCUCCGAGACCGACAUCAGGCACCGGUCCAUGGCGGAGGAGGAUCCGAACGGCAAUGAGCACGGGGCAGCUGCACGCAGCGCGGCGCCUCGCUGGGGACCGCAGCACGCCGGGGCUCGACAGCUGGCAAGGCUCUACUCUCCCGGUAAGCGGCUCCAGGAGUGGGUGUGUGUGAUUCUGUGCCUCUUCCUCUUCAUCAUCAACUUCUCCUUCCUCCUCCUGCACUUCUCCACCGUUCACAUCUACAAGAUCAUCCUUGGCAUCGUCCUAGGAAUAGUGACGGCAGACUUUGCGUCGGGGAUGGUGCACUGGGGGGCGGACACCUGGGGAUCUGUGGACAUCCCUGUUAUUGGCAAGGCAUUUAUCCGACCGUUCAGGGAGCACCACAUCGAUCCAACCGCCAUUACUCGCCACGACUUCAUCGAAACCAAUGGCGACAACUGUAUGAUCCCCAUCCUACCGCUGGCUCACAUGGCGUACAAGUUCUACACAUACACACCAGAGCCCUUGGCGGCGUCCUAUCCUUGGGACUGCUACGUCUUUGCCCUGGCAGUUUUCGUGACGCUGACCAAUCAGAUUCAUAAGUGGAGUCACUCUUACUUCGGCCUCCCACGCUGGGUCAUGCUGCUCCAGGACUGGCAUCUGGUGUUGCCACGGAAACACCACCGCAUCCACCACGUCUCGCCACACGAAACAUACUACUGCAUCACUACAGGUUGGUGUAACUAUCCACUGGACCAGCUGGGCUUUUGGAGACGGAUGGAGCGGUUGAUCGAAUGCCUGACAGGGCAGAAACCCCGGUCAGAUGACCUGGCGUGGGCCAAGAAGACUGACUGAUAAACACAUGAAUACACAGACGGAUGGUUGGAUGAAGUGAUGGGCUUUCAGAUGCAAAAACACUGAAAUAGUGAUGGAUGGGGAGAAACACACACACAUACACACACACACACACACUCCCUCACUUACAAUUUACUCAUGUCUCUGUGCUUCUUGCUUUUUUGCUAAAGAGCAAAUAUUCAAAGAAACCGUCUUUGCAAAAAAAAAAAAAUCAAAGGUGGUUAGAGUGAUUUCUGUAUGUGCUGGAGUCUGCAGUUUAAGACGCUUUGAACGUAGGAGGCGAAAACAUUACUAGAUGAGGACACUGCUGUAACAGCCAAUCAGCUUGUGUAGGCCUGUUUAACCAAUGAGGUGUGGUGGUGUGUAGGUGUAGGAGGUUUCUGGAGGUUGGGCUCUCCAGGAGUGACACCACACACACAUACACACAUACACACCUACACACACACACACACACACACACACACACACACACACAGCCACAAACAAGUUUAGAAGUCAAAUGUCUAGUUACUGUCUCUUCUGAUUUCUUCUUGUCUGUUAUUUUUUAAGUGUUAAGGUUGUUUUUCUAGAAACAUCACCAUCCUCUUUAAACUCUCUGGCUGCAUUUACACACAAGAAGGUGAAAAUCUGAUGAUUGUGUGCUUUAGAUUAAAAAAUAUUAAGAAGUCAGACCUGCUACACAGAGUUAUAACUUUUCUUUUUGUGCCUGUGCUUGAUCUAAGACAAUCUCACAGUGAGGGCCAGGCAAGAUAAGACUGGUGAGGACACACAUGUAAAAUACAUACUGUAGCUUCUUCCAUAAGAAAUUUCCUCGCACUGUUAUAAACACAGCAGUCAAGUUGCAGAUGCAUACUUAUACACUGCAUAUGUUAAUACAACAACAAUCAUGUUGUUCAGUUUUGGUUAGUUGUUGACAGCACUCUGUUCAUCUUACACGUGCUUUGACAAACUGUAGAACUUUUCUUAUGCAUUGAUCGUUUUUGUGUUAAGAGGAGCUUUUCAGCAGUCCAGUUUUUGUCACUUGACAAAUGCAGAAAGCAGCAUGUACAAACGUAAAAGCUUCAGAAUUAGGGUAUUGAGAAUUAAAUGGAAGUUUAAUUAGAAGCUAUAGUUCACUUGAAUCCAGAUUAGUUAGAAUUUUUAGCAAAAGUGAUAAGCUAAUUGUAGUGAAGAAGCAUUUCAUAUUUUUUUCACUUUUUAAGCAAAGUAAGAGGGCAGCCAGAUUUAUUUGGUUGUUUCUUUGUAUAUAAUUUUUUUAGGAAGAAGGUGUCCAGACAGAAAAGUGACCCAGCUGAAUUUCUUCUGGAUGGAUACAUGUAGGUUGGUCUACAGACCUUCUUGCAAUGGGACCACACCAGCCACAUGUUGACAAACUGAUCCAUGAGCACUCAGUAGUCAUAACUUCAUUAUUACAUGAGCACUCAGUACUAAUGGGUCGGACCACACCCAUCUUUGAAAUUGGCCUUCAUUUUGAUCUCAGCUACACUCCUGUAAAGUUUUGUGAUCUUGCACCGUUGUGAAGCUCUGUGGAAGUUCCUGCUGCAGUGUCUACAAGACCACAUUUUGCCAUGAUGACACACACACAGACACUCAAGGUGAAAAACGAUAGCAUCCAUAUGCUGUUGCGGCUGGUAAAUGUGAAGACCUUAAACGAGUCUUUACUGCUCUCAUACCUGUGAGAUAAAUAAAAAAAUAUGAAGCUACACUCAGCAGCAGCAGUUAGAUUAGCAUUAAGAUUAGAAACGCAGGGAAACGGCUAGGUAAAACAAUCCACCCACCACCACCUCUAAAGCUCCCUAAUUAACAUAUUUUGAGAUUUUCUUACCUUUCGACAGAGCCAGGCUGGCUGUUUUCCAUGUUUCCAGUCUUUGUGUUAAGCUAACCUAGCUGGAUACUGGCGGUAGCUUCUUGGCAAGAAAGGUAUGAAAAUAGAGAAAGUCUGGCAUGAAGUUUGGACGACAGAUUGAUGUUCAUAUAUAUUAUCAAGCUUCUUUCCUCCAUUUUAGCAUAAAGUACAGAGACAGAAGCUAAACCUUCUUAGCAUCAGUAGUUUCUUCUUACAGUACCAUAAACAUGUCUGCAGACAGAAAUCUUGCUAUGAGAAGUUUAGUUUCCUGGAGGAUUCUGGCUGCCCCCAAAGAACAUACAGUGAGUCCUACAUGUGUAGUUAGCGUUAGCUUUUCACUAACACACUGGACGGCUCAGGGCAGGGCUAGCUUAGCUGGUCAUUGCUUUUUGUUACAUUCUGCAUCACCAAGAAUUUUUAUUGAUUUCAGAACAACCAGACCGCUGCAUACAGCCCUACACAAUCAUGUAAUUUACUAAUAUAGGAAAGCUUGAAAAUCCUUUUUGUUGCAUUUUUUUGUAUCAAAAGAUAACCAUGUACCACAAAAGAAAAUACAGUUGCAGUCAUUCAAAUCAUGUUAGAAAUUUUGAUUCAUCAUUGACCACAUCCCACAUCUUCUCAUUGAAAAGAAAAAGAAACCUCGCAAAUUGUUUUGCAAGAUGCUAAUUGGUGCCACUGUCUAACCCACUGUGCUGCGUAUGUGACUGCAACUGUAAAUAAUAAACACUCGACAAUAAGAAAUGUGUCACAAACCUCUAAACUUAAAUCAGAGUCAUUGAAGAAAUGCAUGGCAACAUUUUAGUUAGUCAGUUUGUGUCAACUGAUGUGAGAGGAAGGAAAAAAAAAAAGAAAAGAACUAAUUCAUUAUUUUUCAGCAAAAACUGGUCACCAAGUAGCUUAUAGAAUGCAAAAAAAUGUCUUUAGUAUCUCUGAUUUUUGUUUACAUUUCAUACUGUGACACAUGCACUUUAGUUGGCUGUUACUAACUCUGUACUAGAGAGUCUAGCUGCUUGACUUGUAGUUUUAUUUCAAGGCUGGAAAUCUCCUCAGUCGUAGCAGGUCAAUUAUAACAGCACUUUAUUGUUUUACUGAUUAAAUAUCUGAAAAUGUGUCCUGCAAGCACCUUUUCACAUACAAAUUAAAUCAUGUCUCACUUGCAUGCACACACUCACACACAUGCACAUACACGAUUUAAAUCUCUUGAAUGCAGUCAUACACAAACAGACACGCACACACACAUGCUCUCUCUCACGUUGUGUUCUCUUUUUUUCUCUGGCUUCAUAAUUUUCUAUUUUUUUAUGAACGGAUCAAGCCUUGUAUAGUUAAAUUCUGACGUUCCAUUUUGCAGCUCAAUGCUCGCUGCUCGUCUGCCUUAAUGUUUUUAUCUGCUCUUUGAUUUAAAUAAAGGUUUAUUAUCUCCAAA